AUGGGGCUGACUAUCGGAGAAAUCGCUGGUGUGAUCAACGUCGGUGUCGUUCUAUUGCAAUUCACCUUCCCACUUCUCCUUGUAUACAUCUUGGCCGGUAUCGUCCCCGAACGAAGCAAUGCGAUUACAUGGCAAGAAUGUCCUGUUCAGAGCCAGUCUGUUACCGGGCGCUUCUUGAAUGGCUCGUGGUGGCCGACGAUUUUGAGAACUGAUGGCGCUGCCAUGUCUAAAGUCAGCAAUAGAGUGAUCUUUAUUUCAACCUUCUCGACGCUAGGUUUUGCCCUACUAGCAGUCGCUGCGGUCCUGACACCUCUUGGUCUGCACAACACGAUCACGGCCACCUCGGUACAGGCCAGCGAAUUUGUGUAUGCUCGAGAUGUGUCCCCAAUUGGUCAAGCCACCCUUCCUCGAGAUGACUACAACACUAGUCGAACUUGUGGCUGGCUCAUGUGGACAAGUUGUCCUGGUCAGUAUCACGGUUUCUACACCACGACAAACGAAAGCGGAGCGUACCUCAACUGGGAUUCUGACGAUGCAUAUAUAUCUACGGUCGUCCCUGAGAAUCUCACAACGCUCUUUUCCACUGGACAUGAAGGCGAUCGCGCCACAGUCGCCACCCCUUUCGAUAUUGAAUUUAGAUCAUACACACUAGUGAGCGAUGUCGAAGAACAAGAAAGUGUCCUCUUGAACAGCUCCUCGCCGGACUUCAAGAUUGACCAUUAUGCUAAGCGCACCCAAGGAGAAAUCCAGUACGGAGAUAUGAUUGUUUUGGCGGACGAUUUCGUUAUCCGAGAUGGGGUGGUCGCAGAUAUGAAGAAAGGGGGCCUUGGAUUCAGGAAUCAUACAAUCCCUCGAAAUGUUCACUCGGGAGCAGAUUGGACUGAGGCUCUCCUGUGGCUUGAACCCGAGACGGAGUGCGUUAACAACAACCUUACUGUCGAGUUUGGCAUUCCAGAGGACGCAGGAUAUCAGGAAACCUAUCUGGUCGACUACGGUGGCAUCACCGAGCGACUGACGGAUUAUCCUUACAUCGACCUGAACCAAACUCAAGUUCGACCCGAAUUGUACGCACGAGCUCAUAAAGGGGCCGUUCUGAUGAACUUCAAUCUACGUCAACAAUUGAAUGUGUCGACAAACAACGCGAGUUAUUAUGGCAAGAAAUUCUUGCUACCCAGCUCCUAUUACACGCCUGGUGUGGUGAGCAUUGGUACCUUUGACAGCGGCAUACCAGACACAUAUCUUUCAACCGACCCAGAGCAGAACAUCACCUUGGUUGAGAGCAUUGGCCUUGUCACCUCUGGAUAUGGUGGUAUGGACCAAGCGAACUUCUCACACAUCGCCAAUAUCGGUGGUACGGUGCUUGGAGCCUUCUCAAAUAUUGACAAGAGCAACCACAAUGGCCGCUUUGAUCCAGGUACUAACUACAGUGCACCCCUAUUCUCCUGUUCCACCUCUGUUCGUGUAUUCAUCAUGAAUGUGACUUUCUUCAUGAACGGGACAUCUUCAUUGGAGAACCUCCAGAUUCGAUCGACAACGCCACAAACGUACUCCUCGAACGCCACAACGCCACUUUGGGCUGUGGAAAACACAGGUGGGAUGAAUAUAUCAGACGUUCAACCUAUCUGGGGCCUAGUCGGCGACGAAUACGAGCAUGACCCAAGACUCUGGACGAUACGCCGUGAAUACAUGUAUCUUCCCGCAGGCUCAUCAGCUAUGGGACUUGGUAUGCUGAGCACUUCAGACUCUCUCGGCUGCGGCGGGCCUAUCAAUACCCUUGAUAUCCUCUACAACGGACUGGACUCGGGCGGCCAACAGUUUCCUGAUUUUAGUGGCAUCACAUCCCUCCCUUUGAGGCAAAAGUGGCAAAAGCUCUCGCAGACGAAAGAGGGAAUCGCCACCAUGAUGGCCUUGAUUUGGACCGACAUAACGGCGAACUACGUCACCUCCUCUCGCAGCCAGCUCAACUCAAAAUUCAACAGCGUGUCAACCUACAUCCAACGUAAGGAACAGAAUAUACCAAGCAGCUCACCCGUUGAGGUCCUCACUUACGGCCUGGUCAUCCGAUACCAUAUCCCUUACGCGAUCGUCGCGAUCGUCUUCCUAGCCGUGUAUCUCGUUGUUGUGGUGGCAGCGCUAGUCAUGUGUAUCACCCAAAAGUCGACCCUCCAUCUGUUAAAGUCCCUGCUUAAUCAGACAUCCGUGGGACGAGCCGUGGUGAACGAGCGCUGUAAAUAUCAAGGAAGCAGAGCAAUGCAGACCAAGUACAUGAGCACGUCUGAGUGGAUCCGUGACCACGGUAGCGAGGAUAUUGCUAUAAUUAAGGAGAGGAAGAGAGGACAGAGACGGCGCAAGGACUCGGGCCCAGGCAUCGCGCAGGAAUAUCUACCUGUUGAGGGACAAGGGGAAGGCAGUCCAAAUCUUCAUGGGAAGAGAUGA